AACGCGAAUAAUAGAUAAGAAGUAAUAAUUAAGUGAGGAAAAAUAUUAUAAAAUAAUUAAAUAAAUAUUUGAAGAAAUAAAUGGCCCAGAGCCUUAAGUGUAUACUGAAUACCUUAUCCUUGUGAAAAGAUUCGAGUGAAUAGAGAACAAAACGAAAAGGACACUUUCAAAUGUGCAACGAGAUUUGAUUUUAGAAAACUUUUUUCAACUAAAUCUCAUCGAAAAAAUCCAUAAAUUAGCGAAACUCAUUUUAUAAGAAUUUCUGAAUAUGCUCGCCCAUCUAUAACAAAGGCCAAAAUGCGAAAUCAGAUAUUCGUCCUAUGUUUAUUAGUGGCCCUCGGGUCCGACAUGCCCAUAAACACACCACAAAUAGUAUUGCCCAAAGGACUAAGCAGUUUUAAGUUCAUCAUCGAGUUCCGAAAAGUAUGUAAAAAUAAAACAACGACCACCACGAAGUUGCCAACUACAACUCCUUCGUACAGCACAUCCACAGAGCUUACAACAUUAACUGAGAGCUCUACUACAGCGUAUGUAACUACUACAUCGCAAAGUCCAUAUUAUACACCCAAAAAGAAAACGCCAAAAAGUGAUUCAUUGACUUUAAGAAGUACGACACCACACUGCUUCACAACCUCAAGUGAAGCAACGACCUUAAGCAGUACCACAGCAGAUGAAUCUUCUAGUAGCACCACCUACUCUACAACAUCAACAGAAUCAACCACUGACGGAGAGACAACACCGACGUCCUCUUCUAGUUCAUCUACAGAUUCAACCUCGAGUGAAGCAACGACCUUAAGUAGUACCACAGCAGAUGAAUCUUCUAGUACCACCACCUACUCUACAACAUCAACAGAAUCAACCACUGAAGGAGACACAACACCGACGUCCUCUUCUAGUUCAUCUACAGAUUCAACCUCAAGUGAAGCAACGACCUUAAGUAGUACAACACCAAAAGAAUCUUCUAGUACCACCACCUACUCUACAACAUCAACAGAAUCAACCACUGACGGAGACACAACACCGACGUCCUCUUCUAGUUCAUCUACAGAUUCAACCUCGAGUGAAGCAACGACCUUAAGCAGUACCACAGCAGAUGAAUCUUCGAAUUCAACCUCGAGUGAAGCAACGACCUUAAGUAGUACCACAGCAGAUGAAUCUUCUAGUACCACCACCCACUCUACAACAUCAACAGAAUCAACUUCAUCUACAGAUUCAACCUCGAGUGAAGCAACGACCUUAAGUAGUACCACAGCAGAUGAAUCUUCUAGUACCACCACCUACUCUACAACAUCAACAGAAUCAACCACUGACGGAGAGAUAACACCGACGUCCUCUUCUAGUUCAUCUACAGACUCAACCUCGAGUGAAGCAACGACCUUAAGCAGUACCACAGCAGAUGAAUCUUCUAGUACCACCACCUACUCUACAACAUCAACAGAAUCAACCACUGACGGAGAGAUAACACCGACGUCCUCUUCUAGUUCAUCUACAGACUCAACCUCGAGUGAAGCAACGACCUUAAGCAGUACCACAGCAGAUGAAUCUUCGAAUUCAACCUCGAGUGAAGCAACGACCUUAAGUAGUACCACAGCAAAUGAAUCUUCUAGUACCACCACCCACUCUACAACAUCAACAGAAUCAACUUCAUCUACAGACUCUACCUCGAGUGAAGCAACGACCUUAAGUAGUACCACAGCAGAUGAAUCUUCUAGUACCACCACCUACUCUACAACAUCAACAGAAUCAACCACUGACGGAGACACAACACCGACGCCCUCUUCUAGUUCAUCUACAGAUUCAACCUCAAGUGAAGCAACGACCUUAAGUAGUACAACACCAAAAGAAUCUUCUAGUACCACCACCUACUCUACAACAUCAACAGAAUCAACCACUGACGGAGACACAACACCGACGUCCUCUUCUAGUUCAUCUACAGAUUCAACCUCGAGUGAAGCAACGACCUUAAGUAGUACCACAGCAGAUGAAUCUUCUAGUACCACCACCUACUCUACAACAUCAACAGAAUCAACCACUGACGGAGAGACAACACCGACGUCCUCUUCUAGUUCAUCUACAGACUCAACCUCGAGUGAAGCAACGACCUUAAGCAGUACCACAGCAGAUGAAUCUUCGAACUCAACCUCGAGUGAAGCAACGACCUUAAGCAGUACCACAGCAGAUGAAUCUUCGAGUACCACCUCCUACUCUACAACAUCAACAGAAUCAACCACUGACGGAGACACAACACCGACGUCCUCUUCUAGUUCAUCUACAGAUUCAACCUCAAGUGAAGCAACGACCUUAAGUAGUACAACACCAAAAGAAGCAGAUGAAUCUUCUACGUCCUCUUCUAGUUCAUCUACAGAUUCAACCUCGAGUGAACCAACGACCUUAAGCAGUACCACAGCACAAGAAUCUUCUAGUACCACCACCUACUCUACAACAUCAACAGAAUCAACCACUGACGGAGACACAACACCGACGUCCUCUUCUAGUUCAUCUACAGAUUCAACCUCGAGUGAAGCAACCACCUUAAGCAGUACCACAGCAGAUGAAUCUUCUAGUACCACCACCUACUCUACAACAUCAACAGAAUCAACCACUGACGGAGACACAACACCGACGUCCUCUUCUAGUUCAUCUACAGAUUCAACCUCAAGUGAAGCAACGACCUUAAGCAGUACCACAGCAGAUGAAUCUUCUAGUACCACCACCUACUCUACAACAUCAACAGAAUCAACCACUGACGGAGAGACAACACCGACGUCCUCUUCUAAUUCAUCUACAGACUCAACCUCGAGUGAAGCAACGACCUUAAGCAGUACAACACCAAAAGAAUCUUCUAGUACCACCACCUACUCUACAACAUCAACAGAAUCAACCACUGACGGAGACACAACACCGACGUCCUCUUCUAGUUCAUCUACAGAUUCAACCUCGAGUGAAGCAACCCGCUUAAGCAGUACCACAGCAGAUGAAUCUUCUAUUCAUCUACAGAUUCAACCUCGAGUGAAGCAACGUUCAUCUACAGAUUCAACCUCGAGUGAAGCAACCACCUUAAGCAGUAACACAGCAGAUGAAUCUUCUAAUUCAACCUCGAGUGAAGCAACCACCUUAAGCAGUACCACAGCAGAUGAAUCUUCUAGUACCACCACCUACUCUACAACAUCAACAGAAUCAACCACUGACGGAGACACAACACCGACGUCCUCUUCUAGUUCAUCUACAGAUUCAACCUCGAGUGAAGCAACCACCUUAAGCAGUACCACAGCAGAUGAAUCUUCUAGUACCACCACCUACUCUACAACAUCAACAGAAUCAACCACUGACGGAGACACAACACCGACGUCCUCUUCUAGUUCAUCUACAGAUUCAACCUCGAGUGAAGCAACCACCUUAAGCAGUACCACAGCAGAUGAAUCUUCUACAACCACCUUAAGCAGUACCACAGCAGAUGAAUCUUCUAGUACCACAACCUACUCUACAACAUCAACAGAAUCAACCACUGACGGAGACACAACACCGACGUCCUCAUCUAGUUCAUCUACAGAUUCAACCUCGACAUCAACCACUGACGGAGACACAACACCGACGUCCUCUUCUAGUUCAUCUACAGAUUCAACCUCGAGUGAAGCAACUACCUUAAGUAGUACAACACCAGAAGAAUCUUCUAGUACCAUCUCCUACUCUACAACAUCAACAGAAUCAACCACUGAUGGAGACACAACACCGACGUCCUCUUCUAGUUCAUCUACAGAUUCAACCUCGAGUGAAGCAACGACCUUAAGCAGUACCACAGCAGAAGAAUCUUCUAGUACCACCACCUACUCUACAACAUCAACAGAAUCAACCACUGAUGGAGAGACAACACCGACGUCCUCUUCUAGUUCAUCUACAGAUUCAACCUCGAGUGAAGCAACGACCUUAAGUAGUACCACAGCAGAUGAAUCUUCUAGUACCACCACCUACUCUACAACAUCAACAGAAUCAACCACUGAUGGAGACACAACACCGACGUCCUCUUCUAGUUCAUCUACAGAUUCAACCUCGAGUGAAGCAACUACCUUAAGCAGUACCACAGCAGAACAAUCUUCUAGUACCAGCACCUACUCUACAACAUCAACAGAAUCAACCACUGACGGAGACACAACACCGACGUCCUCUUCUAGUUCAUCUACAGAUUCAACCUCGAGUGAAGCAACGACCUUAAGCAGUACCACAGCAGAAGAAUCUUCUAGUACCACCACCUACUAUACAACAUCAACAGAAUCAACCACUGACGGAGAUACAACACCGACGUCCUCUUCUAGUUCAUCUACAGAUUCAACCUCGAGUGAAGCAACUACCUUAAAUAGUACAACACCAGAAAAAUCUUCUAGUACCACCACCUACUCUACAACAUCAACAGCAUCAACCACUGACGGAGACACAACACCGACGUCCUCUUCUAGUUCAUCUACAGAUUCAACCUCGAGUGAAGCAACUACCUUAAGUAGUACAACACCAGAUGAAUCUUCUAGUACCACCACCUACUCUACAACAUCAACAGAAUCAACCACUGACGGAGACACAACACCGACGUCCUCUUCUAGUUCAUCAACAGAUUCAACCUCGAGUGAAGCAACGACCUUAAGCAGCACCACAGCAGAUGAAUCUUCUAGUACCACCACCUACUCUACAACAUCAACAGAAUCAACCACUGAAGGAGACACAACACCGACGUCCUCUUCUAGUUCAUCUACAGAUUCAACCUCGAGUGAAGCAACGACCUUAAGCAGUACCACAGCAGAAGAAUCUUCUAGUACCACCACCUACUAUACAACAUCAACAGAAUCAACCAUUGACGGAGAUACAACACCGACGUCCUCUUCUAGUUCAUCUACAGAUUCAACCUCGAGUGAAGCAACUACCUUAAAUAGUACAACACCAGAAAAAUCUUCUAGUACCACCACCUACUCUACAACAUCAACAGCAUCAACCACUGACGGAGACACAACACCGACGUCCUCUUCUAGUUCAUCUACAGAUUCAACCUCGAGUGAAGCAACUACCUUAAGUAGUACAACACCAGAAGAAUCUUCUAGUACCAUCUCCUACUCUACGACAUCAAGAGAAUCAACCACUGAUGGAGACACAACACCGACGUCCUCUUCUAGUUCAUCUACAGAUUCAACCUCGAGUGAAGCAACGACCUUAAGCAGUACCACAGCAGAAGAAUCUUCUAGUACCACCACCUACUCUACAACAUCAACAGAAUCAACCACUGAUGGAGGGACAACACCGACGUCCUCUUCUAGUUCAUCUACAGAUUCAACCUCGAGUGAAGCAACGACCUUAAGCAGUACCACAGCAGAUGAAUCUUCUAGUACCACCACCUACUCUACAACAUCAACAGAAUCAACCACUGACGGAGACACAACAUCGACGUCCUCUUCUAGUUCAUCUACAGAUUCAACCUCGAGUGAAGCAACGACCUUAAGCAGUACCACAGCAGAUGAAUCUUCUAGUACCACCACCUAUUCUACAACAUCAACAGAAUCAACCACUGACGGAGACACAACACCGACGUCCUCUUCUAGUUCAUCUACAGAGUCAACCUCGAGUGAAGCAACGACCUUAAGCAGUACGACUCCAGAAGAAUCUUCGUCGGUCUCGACUACCGUUAGAACAACGCAGGACGAUAGCGAUUGUGAAAUCGUUGUUCAUUUGAGGGUCGUUGAAGAGUAGCAGCAUAUUCCGAAUUGUGUUUCGUGCUAAUUUUAUAUUUUUAGUUUAUUGACCAUUGGUAUCUCUUUUGACUAUGUAGCAAUGAUUGUAGAAUGUAAAUAUUUAAAAAUUGUUGUAGUUCAGUGUUCUUGUAGUGAUAUAUUUGAAUGAUUGUUGGCCAUAUAUUUCUGCACUAGAAAAAACAAACGAAAUAAAUUUAGAUGGAGGCAGUAAGGUAAAUCCCUUAAGGUAAUGUUACUACUGUCUCUUGAUGCAUUGUACCAUAUAUGUUCUUUCGAUGAAUUAGUUAUAAAAACGACUAUUUAGUAGUAAG